AACCACAAUUGGGGCAACAACUUCAACCACAAUUGAACCAACAAUGUCCACCACUAAUGCACCAACAACAACCACAGUUGAGGCCAUAAUUGAGGCAACAAAUAAAGCUACAAUUGAUGCAACAACUUCAACCACAAUUGAAGCAAGUUCUUCAACAAUAAAUGAAGCAAUAACAACCACAAUUGAGGCAACAACAACUACAACCACAGUUAUUCUAGCCCCAACCACAAGAACGACAAUUACCUCAGCACCUGCCACAUCAACCAGAACUUCGUCAGCCCGUACUACAACAAUCAGAACUACCCCAGCACCUACCACAAGCACUACAACUACUCCAGCCCCUACUACAACUACAACAAUUCCCACCACAACAACCACCACGACUACAACUAGACCACCAUCUCGUCCAGCUCCUACAUUUGAGAUUCGGGUUGUCCUUUUCAUAGUAUUUGAGUCAGCGCUUACCAAUCCACAGAGUCCAGAGUUCCAGCAACAAGCAGUUGUGGUAGAAAAUGCAUGUGAUUUCAUCUAUCGACGACGCUUUGGAUUUCUGUUUGUGCGGACCAUUGUGAGAGCAUUCAGGCUGGCUACUAGAUACCGAGCGGACACCAUUGAAUCAGAAGUUGAGACAGAUAUUGACGUUGUGUUCAACGAGACUUCAAUUGAGCCCCUACCUACAAGCUCUGUUGUUAUUGAAGCCCUGGCUAUCGCCAUAAAUGACUUAAAUUCAGGCUUCAAUAUUUCUGUGGUGCCUGGAUCCAUCUUUGUGAGAAGUGAACCCAAAUCAGCAGCCAUUGUCCAGUUCCGUACCAAUGACACAUUUAUUGCUGACCUUUUGAAUUCUUCUUCGGUUGCCUUCAGUAAAAGAUCCUCACUGAUCAAAACAGAGCUAGAGCCAUUUUUCUUUGAAGACUAUCAGCCAGAUUUCAUCAGCCUCACACCAACAAGCUUCAGCAAAGGAUCAAUUAUUCAUGAGACGAACAUGACCAUAACCUCUGAUGCAACGUUCCCCAAUGAUACACAGAUUAUAGCCACCCUGACUAGAGCUGCCUUGAGUGGAAACUUGUCAUUUACCAUCAUCUUCAUUGACAGCACAGCAACACAAUCAACUACAACGGAACCAACCACAAAUGAGGCAGCAACAACCACAAUUGAACAAACAACAACCACAGAUAAAGCAACAACAACUACAAUUGAACUGACAACAACUACAAUUGAGGCAAAAACAACCACAAUUAAUCCAACUACUUCAACCAAAAAUAAACCAACAAUAACCACAAUCGAACCAACUUCCACUGUGGCAACAACAACCCCAAUUGAGCCAACAACAACCACUUCCAAACCAUCAACCACAACUGAGAUUGAACCAACAAAAACGACAAUUGCGCCAAGUACUUCAACCACAAAUGAACUAUCAACGACAACUGAGGCAACAACAACCACAAUUGAGCCAACUACUUCAACUGAGGUAACAACAACCACAACUGAACCAACAACAACCACAAUUGUGCCAACUACAUCAACCACAAAUGAACCAACGACUACAACAGAGGCAACAACAACAAUUGAACCAACAACAACCACAAUUGAGGCAACAACAACCAAAAAUGAACCAACAACAACCACAACUGAGCAAACAACUUCAACAACAAAUGAACCAACAACCACAAUAGAGCCAACAUCUUCAACCACAAAUGAACCAACAACUACAACUGAGACAACAACUUCAACCACAAUUGGGCCAACUACUUCAACUGAGGUAACAACAACCACAAUUGUGCCAACUAUUGCAACCACAAAUGAACCAACAACUACAACUGAGGCAACAACCACAAUUAAGACAACCACCACAAUUGAGACAACAUCUCCAACCACAAAUGAACCAACAACCACAAUUGAGGCAACAACCACAAUUGAGGCAACAACAACCUCAUUUGAACAAACAACAACUACAAUUGCGCCAACAACUUCAACCACAACUGAGGCAACAACAACCACAAUUGAAACAAAAAACACCACUGAGGUAAUAACAUCCACAAUUGAGCCAACAUCUUUAACCACAAAUGAACCAACAACUACAAAUGAGGCAACAACAACCACAAUUGAGACAACAACAACCACAAUUGGGGCAACAACAACCACAUUUGAACCAACAACAACCACAAUUGAACCAACAACCACCACUGAGGUAAAACCAACCACAAUUGAGCCAACAUCUUCAACCACAAAUGAACCAACAACUACAACUGAGACAACAACUUCAACCACAAUUGAGCUAACUACUUCAACUGAGGUAACAACAACCACAACUGAGCCAACAACUUUAACCACAAAUGAACCAACGACUACAACAGAGGUAACAACAACCACAACCGAACCAACAACA